CGCGGUCAGCUGACUGCUCCGGCUGGCACGUGACUUGCUCCGUAGGCGCUGGGGUCGGGAAAGCCGGGAGGCCGGAGCUUAGGUCCGGCAGGGAUGGAGCGCUGAGCCGUUAACGUCUGCAAGGCUGACCGCCUCCGUACCUGUUAGUGCAGCCACUUCGUCGUUUGACACCUUCCUGGAGUCACUCUUGAUUUUGGAAAAAAUACUUGGUAACAAAUAUGACUGAGUUCUGGCUUAUAUCUGCUCCUGGAGAGAAGACAUGUCAGCAAACUUGGGAGAAACUGCACGCGGCAACUACAAAGAACAACAAUCUUGCUCUUGCUUCAAAGUUUAACAUUCCUGACUUAAAGGUUGGCACACUGGAUGUCUUGGUUGGUUUGUCGGAUGAACUGGCUAAACUGGAUGCCUUUGUAGAAGGGGUGGUUAAAAAAGUGGCUCAGUACAUGGCUGAUGUAUUAGAGGAUAGUAAAGAUAAAGUUCAAGAGAAUCUGUUGGCCAAUGGAGUUGACUUGGUUACUUACAUAACAAGGUUUCAGUGGGACAUGGCUAAGUAUCCAAUCAAGCAGUCCCUGAAAAAUAUUUCUGAAAUAAUUGCCAAGGGAGUGACUCAAAUUGACAAUGACUUGAAAUCUAGAGCAUCCGCAUAUAAUAACUUGAAAGGAAAUCUUCAGAAUUUGGAACGGAAGAAUGCAGGAAGUUUGCUAACUAGAAGUUUAGCGGAAAUUGUGAAGAAGGAUGACUUUGUUCUUGAUUCAGAGUAUCUCGUCACGUUACUGGUUGUAGUUCCCAAGUUAAACCACAAUGACUGGAUUAAGCAGUACGAAACACUAGCUGAAAUGGUAGUUCCAAGGUCUAGCAAUGUUCUCUCCGAGGACCAAGACAGUUAUCUCUGUAAUGUCACCUUGUUCAGGAAGGCAGUUGAUGACUUCAGACACAAAGCCAGGGAGAACAAAUUCAUCGUUCGUGACUUCCAGUAUAAUGAAGAGGAGAUGAAAGCAGAUAAAGAAGAAAUGAACAGGCUUUCUACCGACAAGAAAAAGCAGUUUGGACCACUUGUACGGUGGCUGAAAGUAAAUUUCAGUGAGGCGUUUAUUGCGUGGAUUCAUGUGAAAGCAUUGAGGGUUUUUGUUGAGUCUGUUUUAAGGUAUGGCUUGCCAGUGAACUUCCAAGCAAUGCUCCUUCAGCCCAAUAAGAAAACAGUGAAGAAACUAAGAGAAGUAUUACACGAACUGUACAAACAUCUAGACAGCAGCGCGGCGGCCAUUAUUGAUGCUCCUAUGGAUAUUCCAGGCUUAAACCUGAGUCAACAGGAAUACUACCCCUAUGUGUACUACAAGAUUGAUUGCAACUUGCUGGAAUUCAAGAUUUUUUAACCAGACAAGCCUUCGUUUGGACAAGCCUUCGUAUAUCAUUUAUGACAUCGUCUGAAAGGAGGCAUUGUUUGCUGUAAAGAUCUCUGAACUGGACGACUGAAGGAGCUUUUCCAGGAGGUUCUGUGACCAUGCUCCCUUUCCGUGCACUCCCAGGCCUGCGGAUGGGAGAAGGGAGUUAGUGUUUUAAGGGCAUUUCUGAACUAUUCUAUUCCUUCUAGAAAUUAGUCUCCCAAAUCCUUUUUACUUCCAAAUUUAUGUUGUUAUUUCAAAAGAAAUUAACUUCAAACAUACUCAGAUUUCUAGAAGGUAAAAACUGAGAGAUGAUUCUGCCUGCCUGCCCCCCCCCCCCCCGAUUUCUUCUCAGGGAAGUUGAUGUAUUCUUCCAGGCCUUUUUCUAUGUAUAUAUCACACACGUGCAAACCUAGUUUAUUUUUAAAUAAAUGUAGGAUCAGACUGCA